UUUAUAUUUACCCACGCCGUCUUCGCCAAUCGUCUUCCCAUUUAUCCCGCUGCCACCGACACUCUUCUCCCGCUGCUUGCCGAUGCGGUUAGCUCCGUCAUGUGCCUGCCUUCAGAUAUCCCCCGAUCGACCGACGACGAGCCUUCUUCGCGGCAGUCAUCGCUGGCCUAAUCGUCUCAACGUACGGGCGAACGUGCUUGUCUUGACGCCAACGCCCUCUCAACAUCGCAUUUCCCCCACCUUCCGCACCGAUCCCACUCCGACAGACUGUCCCACCGCCCGGCUCGGACGCACGGAAGCAUCUCGUCCAAUAUGGCGUCACCGCCUGAAACGCCAAGUUGUUGGCUCGCUCCUCGUCGGACAUUCUUCCCCGUUUGUUUGACGGCCGUGAUUGUGUUGCUGACACUCGACUCACUCGCCGAACUCCCCGCGCGAUCCGGUUCAGGAGACCAUCAGGAGCCCACAGAAAGGAGCAGCCGCUAUCAGUCCAUAUUAUGUGACGUCUCCAACUCACCACCCAGCACGUCAUUGAUCGCGACAGAGAACGAGCUGGAAUGCACGUUCAUCGUUCAUUCCGUGGCACAAAGGCGGCCAAGCGACGAAUCACGUAACGUCCUUCUGCGCAUCUUGUCAUCAGCCAAACUGUUGACCGUCUUUGGAAACGCGUGCACCGCAAACCGGGUUCCAAUCAGUGGCCACACUGAUAAUCAGCAUCGCGGGCCCCGGCGAAUGACAGCGUUCAGCCACAGCCCCGGCAUGGACGCGUCAGACGUCUAGUGGCUGGUCCGCGUGAAAUCCAGCAGCUCAUACAGGGGACGAGGACGAAGACGGAUGCGAUGGCCAGGCCAUAGCGUGAGUCCAUUCCAUGGACCCCAUGCUGACGACACCGUCGUCAGCUUGAAUGUGUAUAGGUAUCGCGGAUAGUCCAUUCCAUCUUUGGGGUCAAGAGAUGCAGACGCGUUUCAGAGGAAUAUCACAGCACGCAUGACAAAGAACCGCAAGCACACGGUAUUGAAAGUGAAGCCGCAGCGUGUAAGGUUUACCGCUUGUAUGCUGCAGACGAAACGCAGUGAUCCAGCGCCCAUAAGCUGUGUUCAACAGCGUGAGGUGCGCUACCCGC